AUGACGAGCACAGAGACUGUUAUUCAUAUUAUCAAGAGUAAAUCGCACCAACCAGGCCCAGAUCAAUACAAGACAGAAAGAGCAUUCGGUUCUGAUGCUCCAAAGUUUACAAUCAAAGGAAGACCUAAAGAUCGUCAAGAUGAAACACCAGGUCCUCAAUACCAAGCAUUAAAAUCAACAGUUGGUGAAGGACCUAAGUUUUCAUUCCACGGUAGACCAAAAGAUAGCAAAUUAGACCAGUCUCCAGGUCCAGAUUAUGUUCCACCUGCAUUUGGUAAGGGAUCGCAAGCAAGUUCAUUCCAUAUGAGAAAGGAUCCAAAGACAGAUGCAAAAAAUACAAAUCCAGGACCAGGUGAAUACGUUAUUCCUUCAACAAUCGGUGCUGGAGGUCAUAAAUACACUAUGAAAGCUCGUGUUUUCCCAAGAGAUGGACCAGAAUCAGCCGCACCAGGACCAUCAGCUUAUACACCAAACUACGAUGCAACAAUGCCAAAAGUUCGUCAAAAUACAAUCGGAAGUCAUUUAACGAUUCGCACUGGAGAUAAGAAUCCUACACCAGGUCCAGGCGAAUACGUUGUUCCUUCCUCAUUAAGCAAGAGAACAUCAUGCUUCCACAGCCGUCGUCCAGAAGAAAAAGUUGAUUCAAGUCCAGGCCCAGCAGCAUACGAAUACCAGUCCCAAAUUGGAAAAGGAGCUCGUAAAUGCAUCAUCCAUGAUCGUAUCGAACAGAAGACAAAGACAUUAGACGUUCCAAUUAACGCAAUUCCUUCAAAAUUCGGAACAGAAGGUCGUAAAACAGUUUUCCAUGCACGUACAGAAAUGCACAAGCCAGAAGCUACAUCAGGACCCGAUUACGUACCUCCAGCUUUCGGAUCUGGCUCUGCUAAGUAUUCAUUCGGAAAUCGUCGUGAUAUUUCUAAGCGUACAACCAGCGCUAUGACACCAGGUCCUGGCGCUUACGAUCUUGGUACAACAAUCGGCAAAGGAAAGAGAUAUACAAUGAGAGGUCGCGAGAAAGCAGGUUCCGAAGCAGCUGUUACACCAGGCCCAGCUGAUUACGUUCCAGAUUACGACAAGCUUCUCAAAGGAAGACGCUCCGAAAUCGGAAGACGUUUGCCAGAACCGAAAUCUGAUACUACAAACGCUGGAUUCAAUAUGCUUCCUGAAAUGCGUGGCCCAAUGAUUACAAUUGGUAGAAAGGACUACCUUGAUGUUGUUCCAGGUAAGAACUACGCACUUCCGGAUGAGAAAUAA